ACAAAAGCUCAGCCGAUGACGUGUACACUCCUCUGGUUAGCUAGGUAGCUUAGCCACCUGUCGGAAUUGGGUUGUUGUAGUAAUAAAGGAGGGAUUUAAGGAAAGGGGACGUAAAGCGUUUAAUUCCGUUGAUUUAAAAGAUGGAGACGCUUUACCACCAGACAAACAAACAAAUCCAGGAGGUGCAGUCUCAGAUGGGAAACCUGGAGAGGACAGACCGUCAGUCGGUUCACUUGCUGGAAAAUGAACUCCAGGCCAGAAUUGACCAGAUUUUCAAUGGUCUAGAACGUCUUGAGAUCCUCGCCGGCAAAGAACCACCAAACCGCCGCCAGAACGCUAAAUUACGAGUGGACCAACUCAAGUACGAUGUUCAACACUUGCGAUCGGCUCUGCAAAACUUCCAGCACCGACGCUACGCCAGAGAGGCCCAAGAGAGAGAAAGGGAGGAACUCCUGAGUCGCACCUUCACCACAAAUGAUGCAGAUACAUCCAUCCCUAUAGACGAGACCCUACAGUUCAACACCAACUUGCACAACGCACACAGAGGCAUGGAUGACCUCCUGAGCGGCGGCUCGAACAUCCUCCACGGCCUCAGAGAUCAACGAUCUACUCUCAAGGGGACACAUAAGAAGAUGCUGGAUGUUGCCAACAUGUUGGGUCUCUCCAAUACGGUGAUGAGGUUUAUAGAAAGACGAGCCACCCAGGAUAAGUUCAUCAUGAUCGGAGGGAUGUUGCUGACCUGCAUCUUUAUGUUCCUGGUCAUCAGAUACCUGGGCUGACCGUCAUCCAUCCAUCUCCAACUGACCAGUCGAGGACAUUUCAGCAGUGUGCCAUCCCACAUGAUAUGAAUUUUAACUUUAAAAUCACUUUUAUAAAUGGUGCAAUUAUACUUUACUUUUUUGUAAAUGGAUUACCACCAUUUGACUUUCAUUGUUAAAUGGCAAUGGAGGAAGAUCCUCCUUCCAGACAGUAUUUUACUUUACUUAAAAGCCGAGUGUAACUUUUCUGUUGAUCAGUUUGUCACUUUCCGUAUAUUUCACAGCCAGACAUCCAUUCUUUACAUAAACCACUGUAAAUACUGUAAA